GCCCCCGCCUGGCCCGUCCCCCGGCGGCGCGGCCGCGCCUCCGCCCGCGCUCGGCCAUGGGCGCUGCGCCGCGCUCCGCCCGGCGCGGGGACCUGCGCGCCGCCCGGACAGGAUGGAACUGAAAUAUGGAUAUGUGCUGACAAAGGAGUUGGAAUAAGACUGAGUCCUGCUCUGUGAUAUUUAUAUACCUGGACCAUGAACUUGCUUUUUGACUUCAUGCUUUAGGAACCUUUGUAGUAACAGUGUGAAGCUGUUGGGAAUCAUGGCAUUCUCUCCAUGGAAGCUGUCCUCCCAGAAACUUGGCUUUUUUCUGGUGACUUUUGGUUUUAUUUGGGGAAUGAUGCUGCUUCAUUUUACUAUUCAGCAACAAACACAACAUGAAAGCAGUUCAGUCCUGCGUGAGCAAAUUUUGGACCUCAGCAAAAGAUACAUCAAAGCAUUAGCUGAAGAAAAUAAAAAUGUAGUUGAUGGGCCUUAUGUUGGGACAGUGACAGCAUACGAUUUGAAGAAGACACUUGCUGUCCUGUUGGAUAAUAUCUUGCAGCGCAUCGGGAAGUUGGAGUCCAAGGUGGAAAACCUUGUGCUUAAUGGAACAGGAGCAAACUCGACCAACAAUACUACCACUUCUGCUCCCAGCUUAGGAGCAGCUGAAAAGCUUAAUGUAGCAGAUCUCAUAAAUGGAGCCCAGGAACAGUGUGAAUUGCCUCCUAUGGAUGGUUUUCCUCACUGUGAAGGGAAAAUAAAGUGGAUGAAAGAUAUGUGGCGAUCGGAUCCCUGUUAUGCAAGCUAUGGUGUAGAUGGGUCCACAUGCUCCUUUUUUAUUUACCUCAGUGAGGUUGAAAAUUGGUGUCCUCGUUUACCUUGGAGAGCAAAAAAUCCUAAUGAAGAAACUGAUCAGAAAACAGUGGCUGAAAUUCGUAUCAACUUUGAUAAUCUCUACAAAAUGAUGUCAAGGCACGAGGAAUUCAGGUGGAUGAUGUUGCGCAUCAGACGAAUGGCUGAUACCUGGAUUGAAGCAAUCAAAUCACUGGCAGAAAAACAAAAUUUGGAGAAAAGGAAACGAAAAAAGAUCCUUGUUCAUUUGGGGCUUUUGACAAAAGAAUCUGGAUUCAAGAUUGCAGAAAAUGCGUUUAGCGGUGGCCCACUUGGUGAAUUAGUCCAGUGGAGUGAUUUAAUUACAUCUCUCUACUUACUGGGCCAUGACAUCAGGAUUUCAGCUUCACUGGCAGAGCUCAAGGAGAUUAUGAAGAAAGUUGUAGGUAACAGAUCUGGCUGCCCAACCCAGGGGGAUAAAAUUGUAGAACUCAUUUACAUUGAUAUUGUGGGAUUGACUCAGUUUAAGAAAACCCUUGGUCCAUCCUGGGUUCAUUACCAGUGUAUGCUAAGAGUUUUGGAUUCCUUUGGGACUGAGCCAGAGUUUAACCAUGCCCAUUAUGCCCAGUCUAAAGGCCACAAGACACCUUGGGGAAAGUGGAACCUCAAUCCACAGCAGUUUUAUACGAUGUUCCCUCACACUCCAGAUAACAGCUUCCUUGGAUUUGUGGUAGAGCAGCAUCUGAAUUCCAGUGACAUUAAGCACAUUAAUGACAUCAAAAGGCAGAAUCAAUCUCUUGUUUAUGGCAAAGUAGAUAAUUUCUGGAAGGAUAAGAAGGCUUAUCUGGAUGUCAUCCACACCUAUAUGGAGGUCCAUGGGACUGUUCAUGGGACAAGCACCAUGUACAUUCCUGGCUAUGUCAAGAAUCAUGGAAUACUCAGCGGGAGGGAUUUGCAGUUUCUGCUGAGAGAAACCAAACUGUUUGUUGGUCUUGGAUUUCCAUAUGAAGGGCCAGCUCCCUUGGAGGCUAUUGCCAAUGGAUGUGCUUUCCUGAAUUUAAGAUUUAACCCACCAAAAAGUAGCAAAAACACUGAUUUUUUCAAAGGCAAACCUACACUCCGAGAGUUGACAUCUCAGCAUCCCUAUGCUGAAGUUUACAUUGGGAAGCCCCAUGUGUGGACUGUGGACAUCAAUGAUCUUUCUGAGGUUGAGAAGGCUGUGAAAUCAAUUUUGAAUCAAAAGAUUGACCCUUACUUGCCCUAUGAAUUUACCUGUGAGGGAAUGCUUCAGAGGAUGAAUGCCUUUAUUGAAAGACAGGAUUUCUGCCAUGGGCAGGUGAUGUGGCCCCCAUUAAGUGCCCUUCAAGUAAAAAUUGCUGAACCUGGAAAAUCCUGUAAGCAAGUCUGUCAGGAAAGCCAGCUCAUCUGUGAGCCUUCCUUCUUCCAGCAUCUCAACAAGGACAAAGCUCUGCUUAGGCAUAACAUCGAAUGUCUCACCAUGGAGUCUGCAAACGAUAUCCUGGUCCCCUCUUUUGAUGGAAGGAGGAAGCACUGUGUUUUCCAAGGUGACCUGCUACUGUUCAGCUGUGCUGGCUCCCACCCUGUGCACAGAAGGAUCUGCCCCUGCAGGGACUACAUCAAGGGGCAGGUUGCACUCUGCAAGGACUGCCUAUAGCAGCAGCAGGGCUGCUCCCACUGGGGACAACGUGAGUAGUUUGGAGAGGAGUUCCUCAGUACUCCCUGCACUUUGGUCCAGGUUUUCCACUGCAGGCAGAGCUAUCAUUGCUGGGCAGAAUUAUCUACUAAAGAGGAGGGAUUCAUAAUAAACAGCUAGAACUGAUCUUUUCUUCCUGAAAGGACGUUUGCAGUGUCACUCCUCAGAUUCCUUCAGCUGUUUGCGAAGAGAAACGAGUCUCAUGUUCAACAGUGGCUUGAAGAUGACUGCACAGAAUAGUUUGUAGAAAAUUUCCAGACCCAUCAAACUUCUGUUUUUGUGUUUUGGGUGAAGUGUUUUCUAUUUUUUUAAUGAGUUAGGACAUCCCCCAUCAUGGUUAGCUAAAGGAUCUCAACUUCAUUCCAGUAGAAAAUUGAAAAAAGUGUGCUUGAAGGAGGGGAUGCUGGGGAAGGAGGACUAACAUUUUAUUCAAGGUGCACUGGUUUGGGUACAGCUUUGGCUUGAAUGGCUACAAAGUGAUUUACUUCACAAGGACCUGGAAUAAUGAGAGAGCUCUGUACUCUGCUAUUCGGUUAUUUGGGCCCAGUUUUGAUUUCUUUCCCUUUUUUUAAAACUAAAUCUUUGUAUACAACAAGGUAUUGUCUGCAUCACAGCUGCUGCACCAGAGCAGCCUAAGCAGAGUGUCAUAAAUGAGCAAAUAGGCAGUUGCCAGCAUGUGACACAUCUUGGUGACUGCACAGCUCACUGGGGUUGUGGCAUUCUUCAGUGUGGAAAAGCUACAAAAACACACAACCAUUUUUGGAAUGGACUCAUCACAGUUUACUGGUCCCAUUUAGAGAGUAAUCCUUGGAAUUUGCCCAUGCUUCUGUUGUAGUCUGUCUACUAGAAAUACUGUGUGAAGCAAAAAGUAUUCAGCAUCAUUGGAGCAAUAUUAUCAUUAGAGCCUCAGUUUGCUAUGGCUUCCAAUAGUUAAAGUGUUGCUGAAUGACAUAGAAAGGUUAAAUUAAGCUAACUAUAAUUAUUGUAUGGUAGAAAUGUAAAAUGUCUUCACAACUAGCUAGGUUUUUAAAGAGAAAUUUUUUUUCUGGAGGACAAGAUGAGACAAAGGAGUGAAAAGAAAAGAAUCAAUCAUCUGGGGUUCUUUGAUUGUUUUUCUGGUUUUAGGGGGCUGCUUGUUUCUUCUUACCUUUUUAUCAGGCACAUCAAUUGUAAAUUUAAAAGAAAACAAUUUAAAAGUUCAGAAUUUAAAUCAAAGUUGGUUGGGUUUUUUUUUUGAGAGGAGCAAGUUAACUCAUCUACACUGCCUUCUUUUUACAGAGGUAAUUUUUGUUAUUUUCAGCAGAAAAUGACAUGCUUGACAGCACCAUUUGUAGUCAGGAAGUUACAUGUUAAGAUUAGGGAAAAACAAAUCUGCAGUCAGAGUCUGUAGGUUUGCAAUUUGGACAUGCUCUCACCAUGCUGGAAUAAAACCUCAAAUCAAUACAGAUUUUUUUUCUUUUUUUUUUUUUCUUUUUUUUUUUUUUUUUUUCUCUCAUAAAGAUUACCAGGUAGUAAUGAAAGGCAUAGAUGCUUUACAUUUUCCUUUCUUGGGCAUAUCUGCUUGGUUCAGAUUUUUCUUGUAAGCAGUGUUCAUUAUCUGUGUGGGAAUGUUGAUGGAUGUGGUGACCUACCAAAGACCAGGCAAGAAAGAUUCUAUUGCACUGUGGAUAAAUCCUCCAGAGCAGUCUAUAAUUUAACUUCCAGUUUAAAAGCAGUGAAUGAGCCUUUUCAAGCAUUUGGUUUCCUGCAUCAACACUCCUGACAGUGUUCCCCUGUAACACUCCAUAACAUCACUUCAUAGCACAGGAGGUUGUUGAGUAUCCAAAAAAGGUCUAUGGGAGCUGUUGAACAGCAGGGUCACCAGGAUCUGGGUUUGAUGAUGUGAAAAUCUGCUGUAUUUUAGAUGAAUUUUCCAGAAACAGAACAGCUGGGUUCUCUAAUGGGAGGCAAAUUUUUUGAAUGAAAAGAAAACAAACCCAAACCAGUAUGAAAAUCCCUCCUGUUGCCAUAGCUCAGCAUGUGCUUCAGUCAGCAGAAAUGGAGUUUACCAUAGUUUCACUGCCCUGGAAAAGCUGGGGGAGGACAAUUGGAGGUGGGUCUGAGCAGGCACAACAACUCAUUCUGUAUUUAUAUAAAAUAUCCCCUGCAGACCUGUGCAUAUUUGUGCAACUAGAAAAUCUUGCCUAUCACAGUGUAUGAACUUCCAGCUGGUGCUGAAAGUAAAGGCAGCAGCAGGACUUGUCAUCACCAGUUCAGCCUGAUGUUUCUCAGGCAGGAAUUGAUUUUGGACUGGGAUAUCACAGAAUUAUGUUGGAAACAAAGAUUUGUGCGUGUGCACUUAAAGGAUGCAAAACAUGUGGGUUUUGCUGUAGUGUAAUUCUUUGCUGUAAAUACAUGUUUGCUUGGUUCCCCUGCUGUAAGGCCCACAUGGCAAUACAUACUGCAUUCUAAACCUUUAAUGAUGGGAGGGGUUUGGUAUUUGUUAUUAUAAGAUUUUCUGGUCUAGUGCUUUGCUCAAUGCUAAGUUUGCCUUUACCACAGCAGGGAGAGUUUAUUAUAAGCUCUGUUUUUUCAUGCUGUAGCACUGUUUCUAGUCUGCUGAACUGAAUUACUGCAUUCUGGCAAAAAUGAAACAGCAGCACCGAAGUCACUUGUGUUUCAGCCAGGGACAGAACAUCCAAAUUGGCUUCAGAGUCAGUGGUCUCUGAUCUUAUUUCCACUGAAACCUAUAGAGAAGACUCAUUAAUCUUGAAGAAUAACAAAUCAAGACCUACAGCUUCAGUCUAUAUUCCUGUAAAAGGAGACUAUCAUGGGAACUGUAAGUGCAGAGACUCUGCAAGCAUUGCUCACUGAGCUCCACACGCUCCCGUCACAGCCGCGUUCCCUCGUGCAGUCAGAAAUUAGUGAACCCUUCUGCAGGUAAACACUCAGGCAAAUCCAUGUGGGACUAGUGAAGAGUUUGAUUUACUAAAACCUGUCAUAGAUAUCCACAUUUCAGGCUGGUGGGCAGCUUUCUGUCCCAGUUCCAUAACUAUUUGCUUUCUAAUUGAAGAAUAAAGGUGCACUCCAAUUCUUGCACUCCAGCAAGGACAUCAGAGAGGGGACCGUGCUGCUGUUUUCAGUCUGACAGAAGCUUGCAGCUUCCUUUGCUCACAAGUCAGGUUUUUGCAUGACUGCAUUUGAAUAUAUUGAUCUGCAAUUGAUGGGAAAAAUGUCAAAAGUUGAAUACAAAACCAUUUUACAAGCUUUUAAACAUAUCUCUCAUAUCAAGACAUUCUUUGUUUUAAAAUUUUGUAUUUUUGUAUGUGACCUAGUUUUUUUCAAAAAUCUUGUUCCUACGGGAUUAGAAAACUUGAGAGAAGCAUUUACAUAUUUAUUAAAAUUAACAUAAAAGGCUUGCCUUUGAAAGGUAAAGUUGGUAAAUACACACUGUUUAAAAAUGCCAAUAAAAACCUCAUUUAUUUCAUAUAUGCAAGUUGAUUUGCACAUGUAUAAAUAGAGUUGCUUUUUGCAUUUUUUGCUUAGUUUCUAUGUUUCUUUUUGUAAUUUAUAGUUGCAGCAGUGUGUUUGCUAGUUUAUAUCAGAUUAUGUUUCUACAAAUAUUUAAUGUUUAUGUGCCUUUUUUACUUUCUUUGGGGUUUGGAUGUGUGUUUGGAAUAUGGACACUGUCUGAACAAGUAUAAUGGAACACUAAUUCCAGGUAAAUUGUGCUGAUGACUCUACAACUUAGUGGUGUGAAUUUUGAAUGUUUUUAAGUAGUUGAGAAAUCUGUUCUAAAACUAUAUAAGGGUUAAUAAGAUAAGAGAUAGUAUAACUUUUAAUAAUUUCUGCAAAACAUUGCUUCUGCAAGCAGAAUGCAAUUUAUUGAGUAUCUGUGAUUUGGCAUGAGAGCUCCUGCUGGGACAGGAUGUCUGUUCAAUGACCAGGGAGCAAAGGAAAGCCAUUAACAUUCCCCAGGGAGACAAUGAUAACAGAAAACCUCCAGGAACAGCCAGAGCUGAUGUGAUGAGCAGGAAAGUUGUGGAUCCAGUUGAGCUUUGUGAGGUGUUGGUUUUCUAGCUAAAGAUGGAUGUGCAGGGGGCAGUUCCUGGUGCUACCAGGGAAUACAGGGCCUUUUAUCACAGCUGAACUGGCAGCUCUCAGUGGGGAGGGACUGGUCAGCUUGUUGCAGACGGAUUCUCUUUUUUAUGCUACUUUUCCACAGUAGUAUUUUGCAAAGCAGCUGCUGAUCAGAUUUCAGCUGGGAUGGGGUUGUAGCCAGAGCCUCUCUGCACCUUCCUUACUCUACUCUGCUCCCAGCUACUUUGUGUCAGCUUUUGCACCUUUCUGAGUAUCAAGAAUUCAGACUCAUUGAAAAUUUCUCUUGAUAUCAUCAGCUCCAAGUCAGAAUGUCAUGCUGUACCACUGUCCUUUAAAAUCCUAGGCAGCAUCCUUGAUUUGUCCUUAAUACAAAAGACAUACCCUCCCCUCUCAGAGUGUGUGGCCCUUCUGAAUUGCAAAGGUGAUUUAUGAUUCUGCACCACUGUUCAUGUAAACAAAACCCAAAUUGCUUUCUCAGGUAUGUCUUUUGCUCAGAGUUCCUUCCAGGACCAAAUUUUGCUAGUAAAAUAAAUUAAAUGGAUGAAUCAGGCUGGAUACAAUCUUAUCCAAGUCUAAUUAACUUCCUGACUCCCACUGGCUUCAGUGAUAGCACAACUCCUCCAUUAAUGUUCCCUAAAAUUAAAAAAAAUCAGCCCUCCCUUUUUAAUAAGUGUAAAGCACUGUAUCUUAAGUGAUAAAGACCAAACACUUGAGGCAUAUUGUACACAUAUCAGCCACCAGUUUUUCUUGCUGUCAGAACACAAAUCAGCUCUGACUAAGUUGAUGUUACGGAUUAGUUGUUAAAGUAUCAGUUGAAAACAUGGUUAAAUUGCUGCUCAGUCAACAGUUGGGAGUCUGAGGGAUGGCAUUUUUGUUUAUUUUUAGAGAGACCAGGAGUUAUCACUUUCAGAUUUCCCAGUCUUUUUUCCAGGGGUGCUAACAUUUGCUAUGACUGAUUCCUUGUGAUGUUUGUCCUGAAGCUGCUAUGCCUUCCACUUCUCACUUGUGAUCUCUUUCCAUCUGUAGUUCACCUUUGGCCCCAUAGUUGUAGGGAUUGCUGUAAACUCAAGGACAGUAAUGCACUGAUAUGUUUUCAUGUGAGCUGAAAUGGCCAGGGAUAUAGAGGAUUUUGUUGAGAUUUACUUUAAUAAUACUGCUGUAAAUGUAACAUCAAAACACAUGGGCUUAUGGGCAGUGACUUAAAUCUCAUCUACACAUUUUGAAGCAGUUCUGUAGGGUUUUAAAUUAGUUUUUAAUUUCCAAAUAUAAUUAUAUUUAAAUGGAAUGUGUAAACAGCAACUCCAUGUAUCAAGUGUAAAAUGUUUACUGUAGGAAUGUGUUGAAAAUAGCAGAGGCUGGACCCCAGAGUGCCUCAGGUGAGGCAUCAUUCAUUGUUCUUUCUUCCAGGAAAAGCAACAAAGUGCAACCAUUGCUGCUGUGCCUUGCACGUUGGGACCUGUUCAUUUUCAUAGGUGUCAUCCUUUGCAUAUUUGUGCAAUUAGAACACACAGAAGUGUGUUUUAAUUUAGCAGACCUCUCUCAAGAGCACUAAGCCACCUGUUUAUUAAAUGAGUGAAUAAAACCAGGUCCUCAAAGUUUUGAUAAAAUGAGUAAUAACUUCACCCUCAGCACACAUAAACUUAAAAAAUUAGUUGUGCUCAUGUGAUUAAAACCCUUCUCUCUGCUGGGCAGAUCAGUGCAGGUGACAUUUAUUGAAGUGUGCUGUGCAUGGGACCAGAACUUGUCACCUCAUGUAAGGGCUCACAGAACUGAGGCUUUGAGGACCCUGCUGUCCCCAUGGCCACCAAAGCACGUGGCUGCUUCUGGUGCAGGAAAACACAUCUGUAUUGUCACUGCAAAUGCCAGCCCUGGAUCCUGCAGGAGCCACCAAAUCCUUGGCUUUAAGGAGAGCAUGUAAAUAAUGCCUGGCAUUUCCUGGAGCCAUCCAGGCACCAAGUGCAUGCAACACGACCUGGCUCAGGCUCCAGCAGCUGCAAAGUAGUUUGAAGUAUCAAAUAGGCACACAAUAAAUCAAGUUAAAUUGCUGUCUGAGGGCAGUUAAUUUUAAUAGUGUAAUACCCAGAACUAAUUUAUGUUCCUUAACAGGUCUGUUGCAGAACAGUGACAGUGAAAAAUAUUUUUAAGGAGUCAUAGGUUUAAUUUGGUUUUUGCAAGGAAUGCAGGAGAGGAGGAGGAAAUGGCAGUUUUUACCAAAGGCGAAAAGAAAGUAAAUUUUGUGAGAAAAGUUACCCUGAAGAUUCUAAGAGAGCUAAAAGAAAAAUAUCAGGUAAUAUUUACAAAGCUAAUUUGGGCUUGGAGAUGUUGAUCCCCCUGAGCUUGCUGAGCUGAUCACUGCAGGGAGAUUCUCCAGAGUGCUGUUUGAGGCAGCUCUUUGGGUUCUGGUCAGCAUCAUUCCCUGAAGGAGUUUCCCUCUUCAGGGGUGAAGAGGGUCAGAGUCUAAAUAAGCCCUGUAGCAGUGUAAAUUGGGAAAAACCCUACUGAAUUCACUGAAACUAAAAUACUGCUUUUUGCAGACAAUAAUGUGUAGUCAAUGAGGGGUUUUAAAUGUACACAAGAAGUUCAGGAUCAGGCUGGUACUAUGGGGUGUUUGGUUUGAAUUCUCCCCUAACAGGUUAAUCCUUUGUUUUAUUUCAGUGGUUGUGUUCCACUAUAUUACGUUCAAGCAGUUGGGUUCAAACAGAACGCAGUGGUUCAGAUACUGCCAAGUUCCUGGGGUUCAAUAGGAUGGGAUUUUUUUAUUUUUUUUUUUUUUUUUAGAACAGUAAAUGUCUGUACUUUAAUGGCAUAGAAAAAUGCUCUGUUUUCACUGUUGUAGAAAAAAACUAGGGAGAAUUUAUUUUUCAAUAAACUUUUUUCUUGUGUGAUUUGGA